AUGGUGGGGGAAGGUGAUAUGUCGAACGAUUCGGGUCAAGCGGUGGAGCAAGUGUUGCGGAACGGGAUAGCUCCGCUGAACCUGAGCCAAGCUGGUCCUUCUCGUGGCACUUCAUCCUCCUUGGACGCCACAUCCUCCUUGGACGCCACAUCCUCUACUACGCGCACAAGCACGAGCGCGACCUCAGGUCCAUCAACUCCUGCCAAGCCCAAAUUAACGAUGGAUGAGAUCACAUCUCGAGAUAGGAGGGCCGCUUCUGCGGCUGCAAUAGCCAAUUUUGAGAAUGUAGAAGAUGUUCUGUGUCAAAACAGAAGGACCAUUUCGGAUUUCUUGAGAAAGAAGAUCGAAGAAGAUGCUGCCAAGGUGAGUGAAUCGAGUCAAGCACAGACUAUCCAGUUGCAUCAUUGAAUGCGUCAGGCAGUCGACUGAGCUCGAAGCGACGUUCAACAAAUGAAGUCGAGCUCACCCACGCUCUCUUUAUUCCUCCUCGCUCACACGCUUGGAUGCAGAAUUGGGACAAGUUCUACAAAGCCAACGAAAGUGAUUGGGACUUGCUUGUAGCUCGGGCCAAAAUCAUUCUUCAUCUGACGUGUUCCUUCGUCGCAUUGUCCGUCCCUCAGAUCGGUUCUUCAAAAACAAGAAUUGGACGGGCGAGUCAUGCUAUUUCGACGCCUCGCACACCCUCGAGGUGACAACGCAACCGAAGCUUACACUGGCUGCUCUGUAUCGCGCCUUUUCUUGUGUAUGUAGAUAGAGAAUUCGCCGAGUUGCGAGCUCAGGAUCAGAAGAAACAGAUCGGCGGCCCUACUGUAGAUUGCGACAAGAAUGCGGCUGGAGAUGCUUCAGAUGAAGCUUCUUCCAACGCUGCGGUGCAGACUGAGCUUGAGCAAGCCACCUCGUCCACUCAAGAGGUCAUACUACUGGAGGUGAGGUGGGCGGAUGGUUGAGCAUCGCACAAGCGGUAAUUUGUCACUUGUCCUCACCUGAUCCUGCUCUUCUUUUCUUUCACCGGGUUCUGUACAUCCUCGCAUACACAGGUGGGCUGCGGUCCUGGGAACAUGCUCUAUCCGGCUCUGGCCAACAACGCAUCACUCAAGGCGCACGCCUGCGAUUUCUCAACCCGAGCCAUCGAUCUCGUCACGGUACGUCUGAUCGCUCGCUCGACUGUGCAACUUCGAGCGAUCCUCUUCUGCACAAGAUACGUCGCAUGGCUGACCCUCUCUGCCAUUGGCGCUCAUGCGACUUGACCCAACGAUGCCAAUCACGCAGGCUCACCCUCAAUACGACACGGCACGAAUCAAUGCCUUUACGUACGACUUGACAAGCAACCAAGCUCUCUUGCCUCAACUCCAAUCGCACCCUUUCGGUCGACCGAACGUCAUUUCCCUGAUCUUUGUCCUCUCGGCCAUCCCACCUUCCCUUCAUGCCCAAGUCCUACAGAAUCUAGCCGAGGUGCUGCCCGAAGGCGGAUCGCUGGUCUUUAGAGACUUUGCGUUUGGAGAUUUGACGCAGCUGAGGUAUCAUUGGAGAAAGGAUAGGAGCUGGGUGGAGCCUAGCUGCGUCAUCGUGCCGGACUUGAUUGGUGAGGAUGCAGAGGAAGGGCAAGAGAAAGCUUGUGGAGGAUUGUACAGACGCGGUGAGUAUCGGCGAUCUUUGGAGCGAGCCCCCUUCUUGACCGUCGAUGUCGCUUGCAGCUUUUUGA